AUGGCCUCAACACAAUUCCACGCCGACGUGGACUUUGACAGGAUCUUCCAGUCCAUCUUUCCGGCCAAGUCAUACUCMACCCCAACACCAGAAGCUACGCCCAACAUAGGAGUAUUCCCAUCGCCAGGAGGAUUUGUAGCACCGAGUUUUACCAGCCAGACAUCACCCACGGAUGAGGGUCUCCGUCAUGUGCGAGYGUGGAGUACUGCUACCCGAUUUCUGACCAUAUCUCCUGGUCUAGGGAGCGAAGCCAGAGAUUUGAAAAACGACCCUGACGCGGAGAGUGCCCUCCACCUUUUGACAAGCAACGAUGCCACCAAUAAGGAGCUCCUCGAUUGGUAUCUCCACGAGAUUGACACCCACUGUCGGUACGAUGUCUUACCAAGGCUAGACUUCUGGACUCGCCCGUUAGCUGCCACCAAAGUUACGGCUGCCUUUGGCGAAACAGUGGAGGUUUUGCAGCACGCGCAGAGGCUGUAUUUCACCAUCGGCGAGCUGCGACGCGACUUCACCUCGACCAAGUCUAGGUUGAAUGAUUUCAUGAAUCAGGCAAGAGAGAUUUUCCAUGCACGUUUACUGCAAAACUUGCCGAGCCAGCGAGUCGAACGCAGUCUGGCCUACUUUUUGUUCCAGUCUAUGAAUCAUGGUCUAGAGAACACCAGUGCACUGGAUUGCUCUAAACAAGAGCACUGCUCUUGCUCAGUAGAGAUGGAUGUUGCCUCCCUGACCGAGCUCCGUGAAGUCGGACUCGGCGGGCCCAUUGCGGAGCGUGCAUUUGCACUGGCAGUCCAUCGUAUUCUGCAAGGGCCUGCGAUUGAAAGAAAAUGCUUUCGAGUGGACUGGGUGGGAAAGACCUCUGUCAUGGCCAAGCUGCGGACCUGGAUCGAGGAGUAUUUCAUGCCAUCUGCCCAGCGUGCGGUCACUGCUCUUACGGGAGAUGAUUCCGUGCAUCUUCCUUCGGAAGAAUUUCUGACUGCAGCUGUGAACAACUUUGGGCAGAAACUGCGGGUCGCUUCACUCUUUGACCACGUUCGCAAUUGGCCCGCCAGUCAGGGUGCAGUACUCGACAUCAGGGAAUAUCUUGCUGGAAACAAUCUGCCCACCGCAAAAGCCCAGGUGUGCGCCAGCUUCUCGGAGCAGAUGCAGCGCCGUUUGCUUCAUGCAGGAGCAAGCACGUCGGAGAUCUUGAACAUCUAUCUCAGCGUAAUCCAUGUCUUUCAGCUGCUCGACUCUCGUGGCGUACUCCUUGAGAAAGUGGCCAUACCCAUCCGCAAUUACCUCCGCGAGCGUGAAGAUACUGUAGCGAUCAUAGCCGCGAGUUUGUUAGCCGACAUCGACGAGAAUGGAGUUGUGUCUGCCCACGAUGAGGACAAGAUCUGUGCCGAAAUUGCCACUGAAGUAGCUACAUCUGCAGUAGACGCCGACAAGGAUCGGUCCUCUGACUUCAACGAUAUGGAAUGGGUUCCGGAUCCCAUCGAUGCAGGACCGAACUACAAGUCCUCAAAAGCAGACGACGUCGUAGCACAUAUUCUUGGGCUGUUUGAAAAGGAAGAUUUCAUGGCCGCCUUCACGUCGGCAUUCGGCGAGAGUCUGUUAAGAAACACAACCAAGUCGCUUCUCAAAGAGACCAAGAUUAUUGAAUUGCUCAAAUCGCGACUUGAUGCCUCGCAAAUGCAAGAAGCGGAGGUCAUGCUAAAGGACAUGCGCGACUCGGCCAUUCUUGUCCGUCGGCUCGGAGACAAACUGUCCAACAUCGCAAAUGGUGCAGCACGCGAGCCUCCAGCUACACCGAAACAGAUCCAAGCUGCCAUUCCUGAGGAGGGUAUCACCGUCGCUUCUCUGUAUGCUUCAUUCAAGGACAGAAUGGACAGGAAGCAAUUCCAGGCGGCUCUCAUGCUCGUCUCCGUUCAUCGCGAUGGUCUGCAUUUCCCAAAACGGACACGUCUCCCAGCAGAGCCACGCGCGGCGGAGCUUUCGCCGCAGACUGAAAAGCGUGUAGAGGAUACUAUGCAUCUCGAGGUGAAGGUAAUAUCUGCACACUUCUGGCCUGAGCUUCGACAUGACGAAUUCGCCCUUCCGGUUGAAGCACAAAGACGCUUGGACACAUUUGCUACCAGGUACCAGAAUGCUGGCGGGCAAAGAAGACUGGUCUAUAACCACUCACAGUGUAAGGCAAAUAUCACACUGGAGUUAGAAGACCGAACAGAAGAGCUGGGUUUGGUCGAUGCAAGUGUCGCGAGUGUCUUGGCGGCUUUCGCCGACGAAGGCGAUCCAGAGAACAUGGAAUACAACGCAGAAUCCGGCCUCUCCAUCGCAGACAUCGAGAAACUUCGGAACAUGUCCCAUGACGUUGUGGUCAAUGCAGUACAUUUCCUUCAAACCAGAAAGAUCUUGUAUGAGGUGGAACUUCAACGCUACGCAGUUCUCGAGCGCCUAGAUAUGGAGCUUGAUCGCAACUUCGACGCUGGCAACGACGAUACAGGACUUGGGGAUGUUGCUUUGAUCUCUGCUGUCAAAUCCGAGGCGGAGAAGCUCCGUGAACAGGCUCCUACUUUUACAACUUUCAUUCUUACCAUGCUCAGAGCGAAUGGUGCGAGGCCUGUGGRUGGUAUGAUGGGGAUCACAAGUAUGGUAAAAAUGGUGCUGCCGAGUUUCACGUGGGGUGAUGAUGAGAUUGUCUGGCUGUUGGAGCAGAUGGAGAAGGAAGGAAGUGUUGUCAGGGAUGGAGGUGUUUGGAAGGUUGCUGGGUGA